GGCAGAAAGAAAAUGAAAUAGGCUCUCUCUUAUCUCUUGACUGCUGAUACAGGAAUCUGUUCAUUUCUACACCAAGGAUAAAUGAUAUGUGUGGCGAAAACUAUUGAUAAUGGAUGCAGCUAAAGUGUUUUGGCACUUUCCAAAAUGAAAGGCCUGCUCACCUUGAAAGCCAGAACUGAAAGCGAAUGGGGAUUGAACUGCUUUGCCUUUUUUUCCUAUUUCUGCAAAGAAAUACUAAUAUACAAGCAAAUUGUGAUGCAGGGAGUGCAGUAAACUGUGAAGAGUGUUUGCUUUCUGGACCACGCUGUGGCUGGUGUUUUCAAGAGAAUUUUACCAAUCCAUCUGAAAUUCAUAUAAGGUGUGACAGUCCUGAAGAGCUUAUUUCCAAAGGCUGCCAAUUGGAUUUCAUUGAAUUCCCCACUUCUAAAGUGAUAAUUCAUAAAAACAACCCACUUAGUGAAGGGCCACAGGAAAACAACUCAGAUGUUACACAGAUUUCUCCUCAAAAGCUAACUAUUCUACUGCGGCCUGGAAAUGAAGAAACAAUACAGAUCAAUGUUCGUCAGACUGAAGAUUAUCCUGUUGACCUCUACUACCUCAUGGAUCUCUCAGCUUCCAUGAUUGAUGAUCUGAAUACCAUCAAGGAAUUGGGUUCUACCUUGUCAAAAGAAAUGUCUAAACUGACAAGUAACUUUCAACUGGGUUUUGGUUCUUUUGUAGAAAAGCCAGUUUCACCAUUCAUUAAAACUAAGAUAGAAGAAAUCAAGAAUCCUUGCCAAAGCGUCCAACACAAUUGCUCUCCAACAUUUGGAUACAAGCACAUUCUCUCACUGACAAAUGAUGCUGAAAGAUUCAAUGAAAUUGUGAAAAAACAGAAAAUCAGUGCUAAUCUAGAUACUACAGAGGGAGGAUUUGAUGCAAUUAUGCAGGCAGCUGUUUGUAAGGAAAAAAUUGGGUGGAGGAAUGACUCGUUACAUCUGCUGGUGUUUGUGAGUGAUGCUGAUUCCCAUUUUGGGAUGGACAGUAAACUGGCAGGAAUUGUCAUUCCAAAUGAUGGAGAAUGCCAUUUGGAUAAUAAUAAUGAAUACUCCAUGUCAACUGUUUUGGAAUAUCCAAGUUUGGGACAAUUAAUAGACAAGAUUGUGCAAAACAAUGUUUUAUUAAUUUUUGCAGUAACAAAGGAACAGGUUAAUUUGUAUAAGAACUAUGCUGAUCUUAUUCCUGGAGCUACUGUUGGAAAACUCCAGGAGGAUUCUGGAAAUGUUCUCCAGUUGAUCAUUGAUGCAUAUAAGGCACUCCGGUCAGAAAUCAAGCUGGAGGUGUUGGGAGACACUGAUGGACUUAACCUUGAUUUCACUGCCAUUUGUAACAGCACUGCUUUUCCACAUCAGAAAAAAUGCUCUCAUGUUCAAGUGGGAGAAACGGUUGGUUUUAAUGUAACUUUAAGCCUAUCUGCUUGUGGGAAAAGAAGAAACAUCAUAAUAAAACCUGUGGGACUGAAUGAAGCCUUGGAAAUUGAGAUCCAGCCAGAAUGCAGCUGUAAUUGUCAAAAAGAAGCUGAGACAAACAGCUCCAAGUGCAACGAUGGGCAUGGUUCAUUCGAAUGUGGGAUGUGUGCUUGCAACCCUGGCUACAUGGGUCCUCAUUGCGAGUGUGGUGAAAAAGACUCACUGAGUACAGGUUCCUGUAAAAAUUCCCCAGAGGAGAGCUCUUGUAGUGGAAGAGGUGACUGCUAUUGUGGACAGUGCAUCUGCCACCUGUCAGCAUAUGGGAAUAUUUAUGGGCCAUAUUGCGAAUGUGAUGAUUUCUCUUGUGUGAGAUUUAGAGGAUUGCUGUGUGGAGGCAAUGGAGACUGUGACUGCAGUCAGUGUAUAUGUCACAGUGGCUGGACAGGUGAACACUGUAACUGUACCACUGACACUGAUAGCUGUAUUUCUGAUGAUGGCACAAUUUGCAGUGGAAGAGGUGAAUGCAUUUGUGGAAAAUGUGUGUGCACAAAUCCUGGGGUUUCAGGUAGCACUUGUGAAAAAUACUCUACCUAUGGUGAUCCUUGUGGUUCCAAAAGGAGCUGCGUAGAAUGUUAUUUAGCUUCUAAUGAUCAGUCACAGGAAGAAUGCACUGAAAAAUGUAACCUGGUUGAUGCAACUGUCAGUAGUGACAAAGAUAUAGUGGAAGAUAAAUUUGUUCCUUGUUUGUUACUUGGGGAAAAUGAAUGUGUUAUCACAUUUCUAAUGGCAGCUGAUGAACAGGGGAAAACAACCAUUCAUAGCAUAAAUCAAAAAGCCUGUCCACAACCUCCAAAUAUUACAAUGAUUGUGCUGGGCGUUUCUAUUGCAGUCUGCCUCACUGGAGUUGUCUUGAUUUGCAUAUGGAAACUGUUUGUUUCAUUUCAUGACCGCAAAGAAGUUGCUAAUUUUGAAGCAGAGAGAUCAAAGGCCAAAUGGCAAACGGGAAUAAACCCAUUGUACAGAGGCUCAACAACGACGUUUAAAAAUGUAACAUACAGGCAAAAAGAAAGACAACCAGGAUCUGCUGCAGAUAUUUAUUAGCAUUCUCAAAAGGUUUUAUUUGGGGGGGGGGAUAGUUUCAGAAAUACUAAGUUUACUGAAUUUGUUCUAAAUUUAUUAUUAACGUACUUUAAUGGUACAAUAGUUCAGGUUGAAAGAAUAUGUUUUUCAUGGUUGGAAGACUUGUAGAUAUGGCUUAGUUUGAUCCCACUUUGUGUCAGAAUUCAGAAUUAGAUGUGAAGUAAUAACAAUGGAAAGGAGCACCAGAGCCUGCACAGCCAGCAGCCCCUCCUGGCUGAUAAAAACUAGCAGGAAUGGAACAGGUAGCUGGGCCAAGGAAGUGAUAAAUGCCUCUUUACGAGAGGGAGUGGUCCCGGGCUGUCUGAAAGAGGCAGUGGUGAGACCACUCCUGAAAAAGCCUUCCUUGGACCCAGACAAUUUUAACAGCUACAGGCCAGUGGCGAAUG